GCGGCCUCAGGGGGGCUGUUCGCCGUCCCCCAGGUUUGGGGGCCCAUGGCAGAGCAGGACUGGGCGCUGGAGCCGGGCUGGCUCCUGUCCCCCGCCGGCCGCCCCUACCUGGACUCCAUCCUGCACAAGAACCAGCGGAGAGUGUUCGGUCUGCUGGAGCGCCCGGCGCUGCCGCCCGCGCUGGCUGUCCCCACGGUCACCUACAAACUCUUCCUGGCGGGCAGGAGCGGCGUCGGCAAGACAGCUCUGGUGGCCUGGCUGGGGGGGACCCCCGCGCCCCCCGCCCACCACGAGACCCUGGGCAUCGAGGCCACCACGCUGUUCUGGCCGGCCAAGCCCCGCGGCAGCAGCCGCCCCGUCCUGUUCCAGCUGCAGCUCUGGGACUGCGGGGACGGAGCGCUCAGGAAGUUCGAGCACCUGCUGCCCGCCUGUAAGGAGGAGGCGGACGCCGCCCUGUUCCUGUUCUCCUUCACGGACCGCGCGUCCUUCGAGGAGCUGCCGGCGCUCAUGGGCCGCGUGCUGGGCCCCGGGGACCGCCACCUCGUCAGGGUGGUCGUGGGCACCAAAUUCGACCUGGCCCCGCACGCGGCCGUGACGGAGGGGGACGUGCGGGCCUUCGAGGAGACGCAGGGGCUGCGGGUGCUGCGGGCGGGGGGCGCCGCGGGGGCCGGCGGGGCGCGGGCGGGGCUGGCCCGGGUCGCCCCCGUCCUGGACGCCCUGGUCGAGGAGCUCUGGCGGCGCGACCAAGUGACUGCCGGGGUCACCCCGGGGGACACGGGGGACACCCCGACAUGA